AUUUACGUAGCCUCUACUUGGAAACCUCCUAAGCCAUGAAAUAGUCGCAAAGGCCUUUCUCUUCGUUUCUAAUUGCUUUCGACGAAAAUCGAUCAUAGAGAAGUCUACCUUGUAGACCUCUCUCUCAAAUUCGAUUCCCAUUUAUCGUUUACCAACAUCAAUUAUGCGUCUCUCUCGUAGUCCUACCCCCUUUGUUCUCGUCCUUCUCGCUGUUGUUGCACCAGCGGUAUCGGCUGAUGUAGCUAUCUUGAGAACGGAUUAUUACCAAAAAACAUGCCCUGACUUCAACAAAAUCGUGCGUGAAGCCGUUUUAACCAAGCAAUCUCAACAGCCGACAACUGCUGCCGGGACACUUCGUCUCUUCUUUCACGAUUGUUUCCUUGAAGGUUGUGAUGCGUCUGUUUUGAUAGCGACCAACUCGUUUAACAAAGCGGAACGUGAUGAUGAUCUUAACGACUCCCUCCCAGGAGAUGCUUUCGACAUUGUCAAUCGCAUUAAGACAGCUCUCGAGCUGUCUUGUCCUGGUGUUGUGUCAUGCGCUGAUAUUUUAGCGCAGGCAACGCGUGACCUUGUCACGAUGGUAGGAGGACCUUACUUCGAUGUAAAGCUGGGUCGUAAAGACGGACUCGAAUCCAAAGCCCAUAAAGUCCGAGGAAACGUCCCGAUGCCUAACCAGACGGUCCAUGACAUCCACGGGAUGUUCAAGAAAAACGGGUUUAGUCUACGUGAGAUGGUAGCGUUAAGCGGAGCUCACACAAUCGGAUUUUCACACUGCAAAGAAUUUAGUGACCGGCUCUACGGGUCAAAAGCCGAUCCAGAAAUCAACCCGCGAUUCGCAACCGCUCUGAAAGAGCUAUGCAAAAACCACACCGUGGACGACACAAUCGCAGCGUUUAACGACGUGAUGACUCCGGGAAAAUUUGACAACAUGUACUUCAAGAACCUAAAACGAGGACUAGGGCUAUUAGCUUCCGACCACCUCCUUAUUAAAGACAAUAGUACGAAACCGUUCGUUGAGCUUUACGCAACUGACGAGAAAGCAUUCUUUGAAGAUUUCGCACGUGCGAUGGAGAAACUCGGCACAGUCGGCGUUAAGGGGAAUGGAGAAGGAGAAGUGAGACGUAGGUGCGACCACUUCAACAAUCUCAAUGUGUAAGCAAAGGAAAACACGAAAACAAAAUCAUAAUAUUUAUGUUAUUUACUAUUUGCUGGGAGAAAGGAGAAUUGUGCAGAAGAAAGGUUUCGUUGGUAUAUAUGUGUUUAAAACUAUGUAUCGUAAGCAAGGUACUGUAACAAUCCAAUAUAAGAUGUUCGUUUUUUUAUGAAAUUGCGAACUGUUAUCUAAAA